AUGAUCGGAAUCAAUUACGGCCGGAUAGCUAACAACCUCCCGUCGCCGGAGAAGGUAGUGAAUCUCCUGAAAUCCCAAGGAAUCAACGGUAUCAAAAUCUACGACACCGAUAAUAAUGUACUAACUGCUCUCGCCAAUUCUGGAAUCAAAGUGAUCGUCACUCUCCCCAACGAGCUUCUCUCCUCCGCCGCUUCCGACCAAUCAUUCGCCGACAACUGGAUUCAAUCCAACAUAACCAAAUACUUCCCGGCUACACAGAUCGAAGCUAUCGCCGUCGGCAACGAAGUCUUCGUCGAUCCGAUGAACACGACGACGUAUCUCGUCUCUGCAAUGAAGAACAUUCAUAGCUCUCUGGUAAAGUACAACGUCGACAAAUCGAUCAAGAUCUCUUCUCCGAUUGCUCUAAGCGCGCUUGCUAACUCGUACCCGCCUUCUUCCGGUUCGUUUAAACCGGAUUUGAUCGAACCGGUUAUUAAACCAAUGCUUGAUCUGCUACGCCAAACGUCGUCGUAUCUCAUGGUAAAUGCUUACCCGUUCUUCGCGUACGCAGCAAACGCCGACGAAAUCUCCUUGGACUACGCUCUCUUCAGAGAAAACGCCGGGAAUGUUGAUUCCGGUAACGGAUUGAGAUACAACAGUCUCUUCGACGCUCAAAUCGACGCCGUUUUCUCCGCCAUGUCCGCCGUUGGAUUUGACGGCGUUAAGGUGAUGGUGACGGAGACUGGCUGGCCUUCCGCCGGAGACGAGAACGAGGUUGGUGCUAGCCAAUCCAACGCCGCGGCGUAUAACGGCGGACUCGUGAAGAGGGUUUUGACGGGUAACGGAACGCCGUUAAAACCGGGGGACCCACUCAACGUCUAUUUAUUCGCUUUGUUUAACGAAAACCAGAAACCGGGGCCCACCUCCGAGAGAAACUACGGGCUGUUUUAUCCGAACGAGGGGAAAGUGUACGACGUUCCGUUCGUCACCGGAGAGGCGAGGACAACGCCGAUAAACGGUAACAGAGCUCAGGUUCCGGUGGCUCACGAGGGACAGACGUGGUGCGUGUCGAACGAGAAAGCGGCGAAGGAGAAGCUGCAGGCAGCUCUUGAUUACGCUUGCGGAGAAGGAGGAGCUGAUUGCCGUCCGAUUCAACCAGGUGCCACGUGUUACAAUCCUGAGUCGUUAGAAGCACACGCUUCCUACGCAUUUAACAGUUACUACCAGAAAAACGCACGUCGUCUUGGCACGUGUUACUUUGGUGGGGCCGCGCACGUGGUCACGCAACCUCCUCGUACGUAA